CAUCACGCUGCCUCAGAAAGGCAGUCAGCAAAAUCAAAGAGUUGUCCCACCCCGCUCAUUCCAUCUCACGGCCCCCAUCAGUCAAAGUUAGAGAAGCUUGAAAGUGCUCACCACCAGGCUCAGGAGCAGAGCCUAUCCGCAGACCUAUAAGCAGACCUUAUCAGACUUCUUUAAGCUAGGGCACUAGCCAAUUCAUCUUUACUUCAUUGCGGUCAUUGGACUUUGGCCAUGGAACUUGUCCGACAUUACUGAGAACUAUAUUUUGCAUUCUGUGUCUAUCUUUGGUGUAAACCAGCAUCUGCAGUUCCUUCCUACACAAAACUUAAUUGGAACCUGAGGGGCAACCUUUUUACACAAAGUGUGGUAGUUAUAUGGAACGAGCUGCCAAAGGAGGUAGUUGAUACAGGGACCAUCACAUUGUUGAAAAAACAUUUGAACAAGUACAUGGACAAGAUAAGUUUAGAAGGAUAUGGGCCAAACGCAUGCAGGUGGGACCAGUAUAGAUGGGACAUAUUUGUCAACAGUUGGGCAAGUUGGGCCAUAGGGCCUCUUUCCAUGAUGUUUGAAUCUAUGACUUAGGAACAGACAAAUGUGUCAAAACUCACAGCCAUCAAACUUCUACAGUGUUGCUGUGAUUGAAAACGGCUGUGAGGUAGUUGAUGGGAUAGGUGAGCACAAAUCCCACAACAAUGAAAUUAAAAUACAAAUUUAUCAUUGUAGAAAAACCAGAUGGUAAUCGCUUAGCGAACUGUUCACACUUCCGGAGUUAAAUGGGGAUUAUGCAAAAAACAAUGACAUCGUUUUAGAGACUGGUUAUCCAAUUGGAUUUAUAUAAGUUUUAUACAUAUCUAAAAGGUCAGGAAACAUUUCCUCGAACUCACCCUCCUCUCCACAAUCACACCACUCCUAACCCCCUCCCCCAGCCAUUCCAUUUUCUGGGAAGAUCUGCGUCAUUAGAGGACACCAGAUUAAUAAAUAUUUCUGCUGUCAACGCCGGAGUUCAUAUGAACCAUGACACGCUCAACAACGGCGUCCCAGGACGAGUUAUUCCACCCCAGUAAGUCUCAGGUGCGAAAAUGCAGCCUGUCGAAAGCGGGCUACGAGGACCCGGCGGAGCCUCCGAGGAGGUCCACGGUUCGCCUCCUCAUGCACAGCUCGGCGAUGUUUGGAAGGGAGUUCUGCUACGCUGCUGAAGCGGCUUUCGUGACCCCAUUGCUGCUAAGUGUCGGACUGCCCAGUAGCCUCUACAGCACCGUGUGGCUCAUCAGCCCCAUUCUGGGCUUUGUCUUGCAACCUAUCGUCGGCUCAGCGAGUGACUACUGCCGGUCCAGAUGGGGCAGGAGGAGACCCUACAUCUUAGCCAUAGGAAUCCUACUCGUGAUAGGAAUGAGCCUAUUUCUUAACGGAGAAUCGCUGGUGACAGGUAUCGUAAGUAACAGAAGGCAGAGGAAAAUUUGGGGAAUCCUCAUCACCGUGUUCGGCGUGGUCGUUUUUGACUUCUCCGCAGAUUUCAUCGACAGCCCCAUCAAAGCCUAUCUGUUUGAUGUCUGUUCCCACCGGGACAAAGAGAGGGGCUUACAGCUUCAUUCGCUGUUCACUGGCAUUGGAGGUGCUGUAGGCUACCUAGCAGGUGCUAUAGACUGGAUGACCACUCCUCUAGGACGUGCUUUAGGAUCUGAAUAUCGAGUUAUUUAUGUUUUUGCAGUAGUUAUUUUCAUCAUAUUUCUAACAAUUCACCUAUGCAGCAUACCAGAAAUUCCCCUUGGUCAAGAAGUAGAUCACGCAGAAUCAUAUUUGCUGGAAAAUAAUACCACUGGAUAUGGAUCUAUUGAUAAUCAUAAGGAUGAUUCUCAUGAUCCAUGUGCUGAUACAACUUUGUCACCGGGGAAAGAAAUGGAAAAUGGUUCACUUAUUCCCUGCAAUAAACCAGAGGAUGAUAAGGUACCAAGGCGAAUGAACCUAAAGUCCUUGAUUAAAACCCUGCUCAAUCUGCCUCCUCAAUACCGUUCCCUGUGUAUUGGACACCUCUUUGGGUGGACAGCAUUUCUCUCCACCAUGCUCUUCUUCACUGACUUCAUGGGACAGAUUGUGUAUGCUGGUGAUCCAUAUGCUGAACACAACACUACAGCAUACAUUAUCUAUGAGCGAGGUGUUGAAGUGGGAUGUUGGGGCUUGUGCAUUAAUGCAAUUUUCUCAGCAAUAUAUUCAUAUUUACAGAAGAUCAUUAUGCCAGUCAUUGGAUUGAAAGGAUUGUAUUUUUUGGGUUAUUUUCUGUUUGGCCUUGGAACGGGAUUGAUUAGCCUCUUUCCCAAUGUUCACUCCAUCCUGGCCCUUUGUUCAAUAUUUGGAGCAAUGUCAAGUACGCUCUACACCGUUCCCUAUAACUUGAUUGCUGAGUACCACAGACAAGAAAAGAGAGAGAUUGAAAAAGCAAAGAAUGGACCAGCGUCUGGUGAAGACAGGGGGAAAGGUAUUGACUGUGCUGCUCUCACCUCCAUGGUCCAGUUGGCACAAAUCAUAGUCGGGGCAGGAAUUGGGGCUCUGGUUAACAUGAUUGGCACCGUGAAGGUGGUAAUGAUCGCUUCAUCCGCCAUCUCCUUUUUGGGCUGUUGCUUCGUUGCAUUAUUUGUUCAUUAUGUUCACUGAGAUUAAUGCAGAUUAUGAGUGACGAUAGACACAAAAUGC